AUGGCGCGCUGGGCCAUCGCCAUCCACGGAGGCGCGGGCGUGGACCCCAACCUGCCAGAGCACCGCCAGGAGGAGGCCAAGCGCGUGCUGGCCCGGUGCCUGCAGGUCGGCGUCGACCUGCUCCGGGCUGGUGCGACGGCGCUGGACGUCGUGGAGGCCGUGGUGCGCGAGCUGGAGACGGACCCCUGCUUCAACUCGGGCCGCGGCUCCGCGCUCACACGCGCCGGCACCGUCGAGAUGGAGGCCAGCAUCAUGGACGGCCGCGGCCGCCGCUGCGGCGCCGUCUCCGGUGUGUCCACCGUUAAAAACCCCGUGUCCCUGGCCCGGCGCGUCAUGGACAAGUCCCCACACUCCUACCUCGCCUUCGACGGCGCCGAGGAUUUCGCGCGCGAGCAGGUAAUCCAUCAAUUAACGCCGAUAUGA